AUUGCUGAAUAAUGAAUCCGAAAGGCCCGUAUUUCCAAGCACCUUGCCAGCGGGAUCGCUUUCCUAGCCUGGUGGAUGAGAUGGGCGAGGAUGGCGAUAAGCUCGUCGCUCAUUUGGGUAUAGCUAACAUAUCGGAUAUGGGAGCCCGCCUUAAACGAGGUAUGCACCACUCUAGGGUCAGCGAACAACGAGCUGCCAAUGCGAUGAUCGAGUCUCGUGAUCCGAUGAUGAAAAUAUUUUCCUCUAAUGCUCCGAUUUUGCGACGUGGCGUGGACAAGUUCGCCCAGGUGCCAAAAUUCGAUCCCUAUGCAACUGAAGAGGAACAAAUGAAUCCUGGGCAGCGUCCCAACCUGGUACCAGCUCCACGUCAAGCAGGCGAGCCCCCGUACACUGGACACUGUCCGCAUUGUCGUCGUCGUGGCAGCAAUGAUGUGGCCAAUGAUUUUCAAGGGCGUCUGUACUUGGCGCAAGCCUAUCAAAUGCAUCCAGUGCCCAUGGCGCAGCAGCAGGCAAAUAAUGAGGCGCUUCCUCAUCGCCACUAUUGGGACUAGAUCGGUUUAAAGAGAGAGUUUUAUUUUUUGCGCAAUUCUAGUGUCAUUAAAGAGUUGAACAUCUGCUUUCAA